GGCACAUUUGGGGGCAGCUCGCUCUGUGACGGGUCCUUUCCCACGUGCGAGCAGGAAGAGGAUAGUGUUGACCGUCCUCUGGUGAAGCGUGUAGUUGCCGGUGUGUAAUAAUCCACAUCUUUAGACCUGCUGAACAUCAUGGAGCGAAAAUAGAAACACGUUUUGUACGUAGCCCCCCAAAAGUUGCUAACAUCCGGGGUAUAAACAACUCGCAGCAAUGUCAGCAAACCGGUGUUUGUACUUGUUUUCUCGGUUUCAACGCCACAUUAGCACCCGGGCUGCCCGCUGUCAUGUAUCUUCUAGGUCUGGUUUGCUACACCGACAACACCAAGCUAGUUCUGUGGUUUGCAGCAGAAAUGUUUCUUCUAACAGCUCUUCUCCUAAAUCCGCGGACACCUCUCUGUUUGUCCCCGUGUCCGUGAAGACGGACUCCUCGGAGGACGGGUCUGUGGGGAUAGAGCUGACACAGCCACUCGAUAAAACUGAACUGCUGAAAGUUCUGAACCGGUUUUAUAAGAAGAAGGAGAUGCAGAAAAUGGCAGCAGAACAUGGCCUCGAUGCUCGUUUGUUCCACCAGGCCUUCAUUAGCUUCAGGAAGUAUGUUCUGGAAAUGAUGUCACUCCCUGCCGAUCUGCACAUCAUCCUUAGUGACAUCUGCUCGGGAGCAGGUCAUGUAGAUGACGUCUACCCGUACUUCAUGCGUCAUGCAAAGCAAAUCUUUCCUAUGCUGGACUGCAUGGAUGACCUGAGAAAGAUCUCAGACCUCAGAGUCCCCGCUAACUGGUACCCUGAGGCUCGUGCCAUCCAGAGGAAGGUGAUUUUCCAUGCUGGUCCCACUAACAGUGGUAAAACCUACCAAGCCAUCCAGCGCUACCUGGCUGCAAAGUCUGGAGUCUACUGUGGGCCCCUGAAACUACUGGCCCACGAGAUCUUUGAGAAGAGCAACAACGCUGGUGUGCCAUGUGACUUGGUUACUGGAGAGGAGAGGACCUUCAUGGACUCGGAUGGUCGAGCAGCGAGUCAUGUGGCCUGCACCAUUGAGAUGUCCAGUGUCACUACACCUUAUGAGGUUGCUGUAAUCGAUGAAAUUCAAAUGAUCAGAGAUCCGUCCAGAGGCUGGGCCUGGACCAGAGCACUGCUGGGUCUCUGUGCAGAGGAGAUCCAUGUGUGUGGGGAACCUGCAGCCAUAAACUUCAUCAAAGAGCUGAUGUUCACCACUGGAGAGGAGGUGGAGGUCAACACCUACAAGCGUUUGACUCCAUUCACAAUCUUGGACAAUGCUGUGGAGUCAUUAAACAACUUGAGACCAGGAGAUUGUAUUGUCUGCUUCAGUAAAAAUGACAUCUACUCCAUAAGCAGACAGAUUGAGGCCAAAGGACAGGAAUGUGCUGUCAUUUAUGGGAGCUUACCUCCAGGCACCAAGCUGUCACAGGCCAAGAAGUUCAAUGACCCCGAUGACCCCUGCAAGAUAAUGGUGGCUACAGAUGCUAUUGGAAUGGGCCUUAACCUGAGUAUAAAACGUAUCAUCUUCAACAGUCUGGUGAAGCCUAAUGUCAACGAGAAAGGGGAGAAACAGAUGGACACCAUCAGCACGUCACAAGCUCUGCAGAUAUCUGGCCGCGCAGGAAGGUUCUCCUCCAAGUUUACAGAGGGAGAAGUUACCACCAUGCACAGAGACGAUCUGCCUGUUCUGAAGGAAAUACUCAGCCGCACCGUAGACGAGAUAGAGACUGCAGGUCUCCAUCCUACAGCAGAGCAGAUAGAGAUGUUUGCAUAUCAUCUACCUGAUGCUACGCUGUCAAACCUUGUUGACAUAUUUGUCAGCCUGUCUCAGGUGGACGGGAUGUAUUUUGUUUGCAACAUUGAUGACUUCAAGUUUCUGGCUGACAUGAUUCAGCAUAUUCCACUCAACCUGAGGUCGCGCUAUGUGUUCUGCACUGCUCCCAUCAACAAGAAACAACCUUUUGUAUGCACCUCCUUCCUGAAGUUUGCCCGUCAGUUCAGUCGAGACGAGCCGCUGACAUUUGACUGGGUCUGUCGCCAUGUCAACUGGCCCCUCCCUGCACCCAAAAACAUCAAAGACCUGAUUCACCUGGAAGCUGUUCACGAUGUGUUUGAUCUGUACCUCUGGUUGAGCUACCGUUUCAUGGACAUGUUUCCAGACACGGCGUUGGUUCGGGGAACCCAGCAGGAACUUGAUGACCUCAUACAAGAGGGCGUCCGAAAUAUCUGCCGUCUCAUCAGAGCCACCGACCCCACCAUGACUAACGCCCUACAGACACAGGGCGGCAGGCGCGGACAAACGGGUGCUAAUAGUGGAAGUGCCAGCAGUAAUUAUUUGACCAAUAACAAAAGUCAAAGGGGACAAAGAGGCUUUGCGGAGAAGAUGAACAUCUCUCUGUCUAAUCGCCUGGUGAGAGACGGGCUGUUGACUCCCGACUUGCUCAGGCAGCUGCAGAGCGAGUGGUCUAAAGAUCAAAAGCAGGAAAACACCAACCAGAGUGCGAUCAAUACAGAUCACAAUGACAAAAGCAAAGCAAAAGAAAGGAAGAAAAAGAAGUGAAGAAAACACACAUGAAUGCUUGCUGUUCCUCUGGAGAUGGAUACUUGAUACAAGCCUUGGAUGAUAUCUGGAGGUUUGUGAGCAGAAAGCACUUCACAUUCACUGUAUGUAAAUCCUCAGAACAGCACGAGUGUUCUGAUCUAGUCGGGCAAUCCCCUUCUGUGACACUAAUCUGAAAUAUAUUGCAGUCAAUGUAAACAUCUUGAAUGGAUUGAAUUAAGUGCAGCAAUCGGUGUCGAUACAGAUAAAAUGCCAGAUUUUUUUGUGCGUUUGUAUAUUUUAAGAUUAAGACAUGAGUCAAUUAAAAAUGUGUCUAUGUCUUGUC